CCCUCCUUGAAGCGCGAGAUUUUUUCUCUUUGGUAUUCAGCGUGAUACUAAAGUAAUGUAAUACUCUCCAAAUGAGCGGAUGUUAUGUUUUCCAAUUAUACCACUUGGCCUAUAUUUUGGUGUGAGACGCGCGGACAUGAAAACGUUGCUUCGCUUGCAGUGCCCUAUCGCACUUGAAAUGAAAUGCCAUCACAGCGGAGGAGACAGGGAGGAUGGAGAGUAGGAUUUCAAGCAGCCCUGCACAGUGCACUACUUUACACAUAGGGACCAAAUAAUGACUUUUUCACCCCCUCGCGUCUUAUUUCAUACGCCUCACUUACCCAAGAUGAGUCGCACUUACUUAUCUCCUCUUUAGUGGGAUUUUUUUUUUGUCACUGAAAAUCUUAUGCAUAAGAGAUCUGUACUCAUCCUGAUAUGCCCAUGGAUUUUUUGGGACUGAAGAAAGUUCGUAAUCCGGAUCGAAUGUACAGAUCAGCAGUGUGUUAUGCUGGCCACGGUCCACCUAAGAGUAUCAGUGAUGACACAGAGACCAACAAUGAACAUGGACAUUUGAAAAUAUACCUGCCCAAGAAGCUGCUUGAAUGUCUACCAAAAUGCACCUCGCUGCCAAAAGAGAGACACCGGUGGAACACUAAUGAGCCCCAGCAUGAGCAAGUGCCCCAGUUGGGCCACCCCAGUCCCAAAAGUCUGGACACACCCCUGUGUAGAUCACAAGUGCAGAAAAAGCAGCUUUGCCACACUCCAAGAGAGCCUCUUUCCAGGACUGCACUUAUAUCUACCAUGUGUUAAUGAUGGGGAUUUCAAGCACUGACGUACAUACAUCAUUAUUUUGUUUUUUGACAUUAAAACCUGAAGUAUGCUCCAGCCUUACAUUCUUCCAUUUCUCAAAGUCUGUCUUUUAUUGAUUUUGUUUUGUUGACAUUGGCCUUCGUAUUGGUGAUCCCAUAGACCCUGGUGCUGUAAAUUAACCAAGUAAUAGUAGAAGCAAUCCUAAAACCAUCACUAUUUUCAUUUUGAAUGUAUAUUUUUUUCACCUUGCCAUAUCUUUAAAAAAAAUACGAGGGUGCUGACCCUUUUCUCUGCAACAAACUGAUCUUGAAUAUUGGAUGAAACUGACAAAACACAGAUAGGACGAUGAAAAAAUCAUGACAGACUUCUGAGAGAGACAGCUGUGUAGAGCUGUGUGCAUUUUUUUGAGUGUUAAGAGACUAUUCCUUCUGAAAAAGAAUCUUUAUGGUAUCCCUGGCUGUAGUCAACAAACCCUAACACAGAUAACAUUGUGUACAUUGUAAGAUUAAAAUCAAAACCUGUGACGAACAUUAAACCUAAUACUUACAUA